CGUUUGCGGUCCUGCUUGCUGGUGAAGAGUGAGUGUGCAAGGCAGCUUUUUAAGCAGGCAGUCGCCGGGCAGAUAGUGUAAAAAUGGUGGAAGCAGAUCGUCCUGGAAAGCUGUUCAUUGGUGGGCUGAAUAUAGAGACAAAUGAGAAGGCUCUUGAAUCUAUCUUUGGCAAAUAUGGUCGCAUAGUGGAAGUUCUUCUGAUGAAAGAUCGUGAAACCAAUAAGUCAAGAGGAUUUGCUUUUGUCACCUUUGAGAGCCCUGCAGAUGCCAAGGAUGCUGCGAGAGAUAUGAAUGGAAAGUCUUUAGAUGGAAAAGCCAUUAAAGUGGAACAGGCUACCAAACCAAUGUUUGAAGCCGGUAGACGUGGGCCACCCCAUCCAAGGAGCAGAGGCCCUCCCAGAGGUCUUAGAGGUGGAAGAGGUGGAAGUGGAACACGGGGUCCUCCUUCAAGGGGGAGCCAUUUGGGUUCUUCCAGGGGCCCUCUUCCAAUGAAAAGAGGUCCACCUCCACGCAGUGGGGGCCCACCACCUAAAAGACCUGCUCCUUCAGGACCUGUACGUAGCAGCAGUGGAAUGGGAGGCAGAGCACCCCUGUCACGUGGCAGAGACAGUUAUGGAGGUCCACCUCGUAGAGAAUCACUACCGUCGCGAAGAGAUGUCUACUUAUCUCCAAGAGAUGAUGGCUACAGUACUAAAGACAGUUAUUCAAGUCGAGAUUAUCCAAGUUCCAGAGACACAAGGGAUUAUGCUCCACCUCCACGAGAUUAUGCCUACCGUGAUUAUGGUCAUUCCAGUUCACGUGAUGAGUACCCCUCAAGAGGUUACAGUUAUUCCUCUUACAGUGACCGUGAUGGCUACGGAGGGCGUGACCGGGACUACUCAGAUCACCCAAGUGGAGGCUCCUACAGAGAUUCAUAUGAGAGUUAUGGUAACUCACGUAGUGCUCCACCUACACGAGGGCCCCCUCCAUCUUAUGGUGGAAGCAGUCGCUAUGAUGAUUACGGGAGCACCCGAGAUGGGUAUGGUGGAAGUCGAGAAAAUUACUCAAGCAGCAGAAGUGAUGUCUACUCAAGUGGCCGUGAUCGUGUUGGAAGACAAGACAGAGGGCUGCCCCCUUCUAUGGAAAGGGGCUAUCCUCCUCCACGGGAUUCAUACAGCAGCUCAAGCCGCGGAGCACCCAGAGGUGGCGGCCGUGGAGGGAGUCGCUCUGAUAGAGGUGGAGGCCGAAGCAGAUACUAAACCUUUCAAACUAUUGGACCAAAUCAGUUUUUUCCUCAAACAAAUGGAAUGUGGAAGUUCUAUCUUCACUCCCAGAGGACUACUGAAAAGUUGUUUUUACCUUUUUUUAUUGUUGCCUGUUAAGUUCCCCUCCAUGACUUAUGUUUUUUGUGAGAAAAAGUAAACACUUGUUAUUUCAUUUCAAAAUUGUUAAUAUUUCUCUCAAAAAGCAGAUGUUAAUGUAUGACAUUUGAGCCUGUAUUACUUAGUGUUGUAACUUUCACAGUAAACGUUAACCCUAAAAUGCCUCACUUCUCACCUCAUCAAUGAGACCAGCAAACCUAAGGCUCCCCAUACAACGUGCAGCCAUCUAAAAUGGCCAUGGAUCAUUCUACGUAUGCAAACAUGCCGUUUUUCUAGGCACCAUUAUAGUUGUUGGAGGGUGGUGGGGAUGUGUGCCAGACGUAAAUGUUAGUGCCAGAAUGCACACAAAAGCUCCCAAAUAUGAAAUUUCUUCAGCCUUGUGUAAAAUUCAAGAUACCAUUCAGUCAUUAAAUCAAAACAACAAAUGGAUAAUGCUGAAUGUGCAUUGUGCCUUCCUACGUGUUUCAUUUGGGAAUUUGCAAGAACCUCAUUCCCCCCCAAAUAAAAUAAUAAUCUGUAGUAAGCAAGCUACAGAGUUCUGUAAAUAAAAGGUUUGACCGGUUCCAUCAAAGAAGCUACAAAACAAUACUUGCUCUUACUGUUUCAAAUUUUUGCAAUCCUGUAGUGUCUCAUUUUUAAAGGAACAUCUUUGACUCCAAAGGCAAAAUGGAGAAAAUAAGAUAAGCAAAGAAGUCUUUCUCUCCAACUUCUGAAAGGCUUAUGGCUUCAUAUUAGCAGUGAAACUUACAGCAUUCCACAACAGAUUUAAAGCACCAAAUGCCUGUGAAACAGCAAAGAUG